GUGGUCCUCCUAGGCGAAAAACACCGUUCUGAAAAGCAACCGACGGGGCAACUUUGCAACUUUGCAUGCUUUUGUACAGUCCCUUCAGCUUCAAAACCAACCAUGAAGUUCCGGAAUUGACAAAAAAAUGUCGCUAACAAAUAAAAUGACGGAUUUUACGUGUUUGUCCUCAAGAGUAAAGUUGGGAAACUACGAGGUGAAAACUGAGAGCCCAGCUGAGUGAGAGUGGGGUGAGGAGGCUGGAUUUGGCAAAGUUGGAAGUCCUGCCCUGCUGCUAGCAGGCUAGUUAGCAUGCUUAGACACUUCGCUAUCUCGGAUAAGUAAUGAGAGCUCCCCUCCGCUGUUCUCCAGCCUGUGAUUCUCCAGGGGAGCUGCUUUAUCUGUGGCAAGACCGCUGCUGACAUCGCAGCUUCCCGCAAUGGAUCGGAGCAUAGUUGAUGAUCUUAUUUUCUGUGGAAGUUCUGCCUGAAUCUUUCUGAAUUUCUCCUCAAGGCAAUUGCACUUAAGGCUGUUUUCCAGAACCUCUCUCACUCCCCUGCCCUGAUCAAUCAUUGUUGUCCCAUGAGCGUCCAUACUAGCUGUACUCCUUCAGUUUUCUCAUCAGUCAUUCAACGUAUUACUUCAUCUGAGAUGGGGCCCUGGUAGGUUCUUCAAGAGGCUUGAGGUACCCCCCUGCCUGCCGACUGUGCAGCCUGUCUGUGCGUGAGACUCACCGGCACAGGGCUGUAAAAGAAUACUGUCACAAAAAGACAACCAGUGAUCCAGUACAGUGCUGAUGGAGCCGAGACACACAACGUGCUUGCCCAGAAUAUAUUCAUGAACUCUUGGACUUUUUUUAACUGGACUUAAGUGGAUGUAUCGGUGUAUUCAUGAACUGUGACUGCUGAUGCCAGCUCAUUGGGACUUGAGUGGGUGUAAUCAGCUUUAUUCAUGAACCCUCUGUCUGAGUGUGGGUACAGCCUGGAUGUUGGUGCCCUGAGUGUGUUGAAUCAGCUGUUGCGGUGAUGAAGCAGGGCUCCUGGUGGCCUGUGUGGCUCGCUGGGCAGCGGCCCAAAGUAAUGUGAUGGGGUGCAGGAACAGUAAGGUCCUCCCUGAGCCUCCAGGGGAUGUUCAGUUGGACCUGGUCAAAAAGGUUGAUCCUCCCCAACCUCCUCAGACAGAUAUCUAUAAGCACUUCAUACGAGGAGAUGGCACUAGGAGCAAGAUGGGCGGGGCCGGUGGAGGGGGAGGUGACAAGGCUGACUCCACCUCCCCAUAUCAGGCCCAGGCCCAAGCUGCCACUCCCACCGCUUCCGCCCAGCCCCCAAAGGACCCGUCCGAUCUGUCGGACCCUCAGCGGAAGAAGGUGGCAAAAUAUCGAGCCAAGUUUGACCCCCGGGUCACAGCCAAGUACGACAUCAAAGCUCUGAUAGGUCGCGGAAGUUUUAGCCGGGUUGUUCGCGUGGAGCACAAGAGCACGCGGCAGCCGUACGCCAUCAAAAUGAUCGAGACCCGUUACCGGGAGGGGAGGGAGGUGUGCGAGUCAGAGCUGUGUGUUCUGCGACGCGUCCGUCAUACCAAUAUAAUCCAGUUGAUGGAGGUCUUUGAGACUGCAGAACGUGUCUACAUGGUGAUGGAGCUGGCUACCGGAGGAGAGCUAUUCGACCGGAUCAUUGCUCGUGGCUCUUUCACGGAGCGGGACGCCACGAAGGUGCUGCAGAUGGUGCUGGAUGGCGUCAAGUAUCUCCACACUUUGGGGAUCACUCACAGAGACCUGAAGCCAGAGAACCUGCUCUACUACCACCCUGGAGCCGAUUCUAAGAUCAUCAUCACUGACUUUGGUUUGGCCAGUAGCAGGAAGAAGGGAGACGAGUGUCUGAUGAAGACCACCUGCGGCACGCCAGAGUACAUCGCCCCUGAGAUCCUGGUGAGGAAGCCCUACACAAACGCUGUAGACAUGUGGGCGCUGGGGGUGAUAUCGUACAUCCUGCUGAGCGGAACCAUGCCCUUCGAGGACGACAACCGCAUGAGGCUUUACCGGCAGAUCCUCAAGGGGAAGUACAGCUUCUCUGGAGAGCCGUGGCCCAGCGUGUCCAACCUGGCCAAAGACUUUGUGGAGCGCAUUCUGACGGUGGACCCCAGCGAGCGGCUCACAGCCGGCCAGGCCUUCAAGCACCCCUGGGUCGUCAGCAUGGCCGCCUCCUCCUCCAUGAAGAACCUACAGCGCUGCAUAUCUCAGAACCUCCUGAAGCGGGCAUCCUCGCGCUGCCACAGCACCAAGUCGGCACAGUCCACUCGCUCCAGCCGCUCCACCAAAUCCAACAAAGCCCGGCGGGUGCGAGAGAAGGAGCUGCGUGAGCUGAACCGUCGCUAUCAGCAGCAGUACAAUGGCUGAAACAGGGACUGUGACAGCCAGCGACUGUCGCGGACCUUAUAUUUUAUGGGGAAACAGCACUACAAUGACUGAACUUUUACAAUGACUAUCACCAUUUGAAGUUGCUGCCAGUGUUUGAGGCCAAAAUGGCUUCAAGUCAUUACCUUUUAAAAAAAAAAAGAAAAAAAAAAAAAAAAAAAAGAGGACAAUGACUUGACUAAUCCAUGGCUACCAGCAGAAGUAGAACUAAGGUGAGAAAAGUAACCGCUGCCAGUUGAGAGCUCUGGCAGCGUGUCUCCCGAUGAGCACAGAAAAGGACACACCAGUAAAGUUUUUGAACUCCAAAAGGUUACAUCAUCUCUCCAUCUAUUCCUUCACUUUUUCUCUGGCAGGAUGGUGCCUUCCACUCCUAUUGCUUUUGUUUCUUUCAAUCCCUGUGUCUCUACAUGUUUAUUUAUUAUUGUUGACAUGAUUAUUAGUCUCCAUUCAAAUGGUCACUGGAUAAUGACCUUCCACGAGGAUCUGUUGAACAGAGUUCUGGGUACUGAAGUUUCUAAGAAGAAAGGGAGACUUUAAGAAGAGGGGGAAACAAAUUCCCCUCGACCAUUCCUCAUUGAAAAUUGCUGUGAAUUUAUUAUUGUACUUAUUGUACAGACCUUGUCUUAAGAUGUGGGUAAUGCAAGCACACUGCAACGAAACCAGAAGGUCAAAAUGAAGGCGUAUUUUUUAUUAGUCAAUUUUAAGCUUCUCUCAUCUUGCCAUUAUUGCUCUGUUAAUAUCAUUGUUCCAAAGCUGUCAAAAGAUUGUGAAGCUGUUUUGUGUUAAAUCUUCAAUGCAUUGUAUUAGACCAUAGGCCACACGCUCCCAAUGACUUUUAUACAUCAAUAGAUUCAACCAUGAAGGAACUGCUACGAUCUCUUUGUGUUGAACAGCAGUACUCUAAUGACUCCCUGUCUGUAAGAGUAUGUGGCCCCUUUAGUGUGUUACAGUGCAGUAGCUCUAAGGCAGAAAAAACAACCCUCCUCCAUUUGCAUACUACACUCAUGACCAAAAUGAAGGAAACCACUGAAGAUAAUGAGGAGCAUGUAGAGGUGAAUCAAAUGAACAUUCGUAUGUGUGAUUAGAAAAGAUUCUGUAUUACAAAACCUGACGUUUGCGACCACGCUGGUUUUCUUUAGUGUGGAAAGUCUACUUUUUGCCUGUAAGUGCACUUAAAUCUGAAUAUAUUCCACAGGCCUAGAGAUGAACUCUAGUUUAUCAAAUCCACAAUAUUGAUGGUAAAAGAACAAUAUAUUGUUGCUCUCUGUUGUCAGCAUCCUUGCAUAAUAAGGUUCUGUGACGACUGUGACUCUGAGCCUUUAAUGUAAUGGCAACAAACUGAAAUGACACUAGACUAGGGAUUUUGUUUUUUGUAAUAUUGUGUUAUACUUUCAAUGGUAAAAGGAUGUAUUACAGUAAAGUGCCUUUUCUGAAUUUAUUAAACCAUUUCAAGCAAAGUGAAAUUAAUAAUGAA